AUGAAUAUUCAGUCCUCCUCCAGGAUAGCACGAAGGGCAAUCCUCUGUAUCCGUGGAGCUCGACAUAAUGCCACCGCCACCACACCUCCAGCAGCAAAUCUCACAGAUGUAGCAACUACCGCAUCACCCUCAGAAAUCCCCAUCACCAGCUCCGAACUCCAGCCAACACCAGAAGCGCCAGCCGCCUCUAAGCCAGUUCCAGAACCGACGGGUGAAAGAGGCCAGACGAUAUACGUAUUCAGGCAGGUCCAAUGGAAUCAAGUAGUCUACUCGCUGCAGAAAUCUAUGAAGAAUAACCACGCGCUCAAACAACUCCCAUACAACGGCAAAAAGACGGUCCCAGCAGCCCUGCGAAAGGAUCUCUGGACCCCCCUCGCAGCCAUAUCCUUCCCAACCGCCUUACACGGACGUAGUGCCUACCAAAAACUCCGCGAGUAUGCCAAACGGCACGCAUUAGAGUGGGAACCGCAUUCCCUCAAUGUCACCAGCGCGGGCAUACCCGUCCCAAAGCAGAAAAGAGGAAGGCUGUUAAAUGACCAGAAAGCCAACAGUAUCGCCGAUUUAGCGUCCGUGCUAUUCAAACUCAGUGUCGAAAACAUACGGCAUUACUAUCCCGCGCCAAGACCAGCGAUUGGGAACCGGUUAGGACUGUACGACGAGAGUCAGGGUGCCGUAGUUGGGGUUCGAUGGGCUGAUAUCGCGGAUGCGAACUUUGCGAAAUCAUGGAGCAGCAACGUCGUCCACAACACAUUGACGUCCUUGUACAAAAACCCAUUUGUCGGAGCGCUAUGGGGAUCCCUGAAAACCCCCAAGAAGACCGCAUCCGCGGAUGAAGCAGAAGCAGAGGCAAGCGAGACAACUAUAUCAAGCCGCGAGAAAUGGUACAAACAAUACCAGAGCGACCAGAACAAGCAAAAGCAGCUUCACAGAGCCAAGAAAGUUGAACUUAAGAAAGCGGCUCUUUCACCUACGCAAAAGGGGUUGGAGAGACAAAAGGCUCUCAAAGCGAAGGAGCGGAUGCAGAAGAAGCUCGAGGCGAAGAAGAGAGGGAAGGAAGCGGCGAGGUCAAGGCCGAGAGGUAUGGAUUGGACGACGUUCAAGGCGACGGUGGUGGCGAAGAUGAAGGUUCAGGAUGUGAAGACUCUUGAGGAGGCGGCGAAGAAACCGCAGGUGAAUGAGGCGUAG